AUUGAAACAUUGUUUGAAUAAUCCUCUUGCAUGUAUAAACUGUACGUCUGAUCUUCACCCUCACAUCUAUAAAUACCUCCUCUAGCCCUCACACUUCCUCAUCCCUAAUACCAGUUCUCUCUUAUCAGCAUUAAUUCCUGAACAUUCUAUUCCUUCUCUGAUCAUUUUUUUUUUCCCUUCAGCUCUUCUACAUUGUCAUAAUGGGUGUUUUCACUUACGAGACAGAGUUCACAUCUGUAAUCCCACCACCAAGAUUGUUCAAGGCCUUUGUUCUUGAUGCCGAUAACCUCAUCCCCAAGAUUGCUCCACAGGCUGUGAAGAGCGCUGAAAUCGUUCAAGGUGACGGAGGUGUUGGAACCAUCAAGAAGAUCCACCUCGGUGAAGGAAGCGAAUACAGCUAUGUGAAGCACCAGAUUGAUGGACUUGACAAAGACAACUUUGUGUACAACUACAGUAUGAUUGAAGGGGAUGCUAUUGGAGACAAGGUUGAGAAGAUCUCGUACGAGAUUAAGUUGGUCGCAUCUGCAGAUGGAGGUUCCAUCAUCAAGAGCACCAGCAACUACCAUUGCAAAGGUGAGGUUGAGAUCAAGGAAGAGCAUGUCAAGGCUGGAAAAGAAAGAGCCGCUGGUCUGUUCAAGAUUAUUGAGAUUUACCUUUUGGGCAACCCUGAUGCCUACAACUAAAACAAUAUACAGUAUUCUUCAUGAUCGAUCAUCUCCUCCUUUUGCUCGGUCAUUGGUGUGGCUUUGAUCAUUAAUUUCCUUUUUCUUUCAGAUUGUUUUGGCUUGCAUAUCAAGUUAGUAUACAAAUUGGAAUGUUGUAUUGAUUAAAAAUGUCUCAAGUUCUCAUGAAUAAAGCAAAACUCAUUCGAUUC